ACAGUUAGUCGUAAGUCAGUCGUUGAAUUCGAUAGACGUUUUUUUACUUUUUUUACUUAAACGUAUUUAAAUCAUCACAUUUCGUACGAAAUUCAUAAAAAUACACAAAAAUGGGAUUAGGAUGUGGUAGCUCACUAAUUAAAAUAGUGCUUUUUAUUUUCAACUUAUUGUGCGUGAUAGGAGGCAUUGCAUUUGUAGCUCUCGGUGGUCUUAUUCUUGCCAAAGCGGGUGACAUAGAGAAUGCUUUGAAAGAACACAACACUUAUUCCGUUCCUAUUGGACUUAUUAUUGUUGGUUCAAUUAUUUUUGUAAUAGCUUUCUUCGGAUGCUGCGGUGCUGUACGCGAAUCACAAUGCAUGACAAUGACUUAUGCCUUCUUCAUUUUCUGUUUGAUCGUAUUGCAAGUCGUAGCUGCUUGUGUAAUUUUCGUAUAUCAAGAUGACUUUAGAAAAGGAUUAGAAAAAGGAGUUCGUGAAUUGUUUGACAAUGUUCAAGGAAACCGCGAAGCUGUCGAUGCCAUGCAAAAAGCAUUACAAUGCUGCGGAUCUGAAGGACCAGACUUCUGGUCAAUUUUGCCAUCAUCAUGUUGCGAGACUCAAAUCGUUGGAACAUGCACUAAAAUAAAUGCAUACCAACGUGGUUGUGUUUCCAAAUUGCGCGAAUACGCUGUAGAUUACAGCAAUUACAUUGCUUAUGUAGCCUUGGGAGUAGCUGGUGUUGAGCUUCUUGGACUCAUCUUUGCUUGUUGUCUUGCCACAAGCAUUCGAAAUGAAAAGAGAAGGUCUGCAUAUUAAACCAUUGUGUGUUCUAAUUGAGUUGAGAUACAAACAUUAAAAAUAUUGAUAAUGGAUUAAAUUGCAUGCUCUUUGCUAAUGAAAGUGAAAAGUCAAACAUCAUUUUCGAACUUAAUUCCUGGACUUUACUUACUAUAAAUAGUAUAUUUUCCGUAUGCAAAAACAUCAUAAUUGUAAAGCUAUUCAUAAAAACUACAUAUUAGAUAUCAUUUCUUUGAUGCUUGUUUUUUUAAAUAAUAAAAUUAUAAAAUUUUAUGUAUCUAAUAUUUUUAAUUUUUCAAUUGUUUUUUUUUAUAUUAAAAAAUACUAAUAUUACAUAUCAACUUUAUUAUAUAUGUAUUAUAAUGUUAUAUCUUUUGUAUUGGUAUUCUGUGAUGUUCUUUGUGCUUACUUUUAAA